AUAUGAUGAUCUGCCUGCCCACCGCGCUUCUGCUCUCCGCGUUCGUCGUGGCCGCCAGUGGCCAGGAGGCACCGGCUGGAGCCGGAGCUUCUGGAGCCGCACAGGCUCCACACAAUCCGAAGGAUUGUCAAGCGAUUCUGGCCAACAACGGCGAUCAACAAGAGGCGCUUUUGUGCCAAUUAAGCGAGAGCAGCAUGCUUCUUGCUCAGCUCGGAGCUCUCGUUUCGGAGGGAGUUGAACGUCUCGUUCAGACUCACGGAUUGGCUCUCGAGGAGGAGACCAACGAGGGAGACAAUGACAUGGAGAAGCGCAAGCACGAAUACCUCCGAUUCGGAAAGAGAAAGCACGAGUAUCUCAGAUUUGGAAAAAGGAAGCACGAGUACUUGAGAUUCGGAAAGAGAAAGCACGAAUACUUGCGUUUCGGACGCAAAUAAGAAGGGAAUAUCUACUAUCAUCGAAGAAACAUCUUUGAAAACC